UACAGACAGCAAACACUUUCACUCACUCCACAAACUCCACAGGCAUAUGAGCAUGAGGCAUGUUUUCCCAGUCUAACAGAUUUAAACAUCUCUUGUGGAUGUCUGCUGCAGUUUAAUUUAUAGACAAAACUGUUUUUAAAUCUAAUGGAACACAUUUCAAGCAAAGAAGCAGAUGAAAAUCCUUAUCUCUGUUUUCAGAGAACACCAUCUUUUCGUCGCAAAUGGAGAAAACGCUAUGGGGGAUUGGAUGGCAACAAAUUGCUGGAGCCGAAUAAGGAGGAAGACAUGAGAGAGAACGAUGUGAUGACAGAUGGUCUCUCUGAAAGGAAUGACGCCCCUGUGAAGAGUGCAGAAGCUCAGGAGACCAGCCUUGCCGAGAAGAUUUCAACUCCCAUGCCAAGAAAAGCUGUGCCAACUCAGAGACCUGUAAACUUUUUGACUCCAGGAUCAACAGGUUUAACUUCGUUAAUCAACAAUGAUAGCAGGAAAGUCCUCCAGGCAGAACCAGAGAGACUGCCCACUGCCCAGCCCUGGCCAAGCAUCAGCAGGACUGAGGCCCAUCAAAGCCAAUCCAAGAGAAAAGUAGCUGCUGACGUGCUGUUUGACAGCUUUGCCACCGGAGGAAGAGUCAGCACCAAUCAUUUCUUUGAGACCCUGUGGUGCUCUGGCAUUUUAAGAACUGACCCACGGAUUAAAGAUUGUUAUGUGCUGAUGAAAAAACUGCAGGAUGCUGAUGGGACAGUGGAUGGAAACACUUUCCAAAGGUGUGUGACAGGCUUUGUAUCUUUCGUUCUGAAAGCAGUGCAAGGCAGAUUUGUCAUUCCCGAUUUCUGUAUGUUUGCUGAGGAGACCCAAAAGCUGUUCAUUAAAUGUAAACAACUGUCUUCCGUAGAGGAGAAAGAAGACAACAGCAAGGCCAGUGGAAAAUGGGGGAUUUCAAUCUGCACAGUGGAUGGGCAGAGGCUCUCACUCGGGGACUGGAAUGAGCCUUGUGUUCUGGGAGAGAUUGCCUGGCCUCUUAUUUAUGCACUUGCUGUGGAUCAGCUUGGAGUUGACCGUGUCCAUAGACAUGUAGGAGUUGAGGAAUAUGCAAAAUAUGAGUCCCCUUUUACCCUGAGUGAACAAGGUGUCCCUCACACUCCCCUGACAGAGACAGGAGCUAUUAUAUGUGCAUCACUGCUACAGCAGUUAACAUUGAGGCAAGUUACAGAGGAAGAGGAGAAAUACGAGUCGGUUUUAAAUAUUGUAAGAAGAUUAUGUAACAAGGAACAUGCCAAUUUAAACUGUACAAGUUAUCAAGGUUUGAGGAAGGACAUCAUUCGUCUACAUGCACUUUCAUUUUAUCUCCAAGAAAAGAAAUGCUUUCCAGAAGCCAUGGACAUAAAUGCUACACUGGAGCUGCUGUUACAGUGUUUGUCUACAGAAGUCACGUGUGAGUCUGGAGCAGCGCUGGCCGCAACUUUAGCUAAUGGUGGCCUCUGCCCUAUGUCAGGUGACCAGGUCCUCUCCACCUCGGCGGUUCGAAGUACUCUGUCCAUAAUGCAAGUGGCAGGAAUGAACAAUUACUCCAGAAUGUUCCAUUUUAAGACAUCCGUGCCUGCCAAAUCCAGCAGCUCUGGUAUUGUACUGAUAGUAGUCCCUGGAGUGCUGGGCAUCGCUUGCUGGUCACCGGAGUUGGAUGCAUAUGGAAACUCCUGGAGGGCUGUGCAUUUCUGUGAGGAGCUGGUGUCAGUUUUUCAGCUACACAGCUUCGAUAUCAGGACUCCAUUCAGACAAGUGCUGUCCUACAGGCAGUGGAAAGUGGAGUCUGAGGGCUACCAAAUAAUGAACAUCCUAUUGGCUGCUUAUCGAGGGGACCUGCAUACGUUACGGAGGUAUUUCCUCUCUGGAGCAGAUGUGAAUGCUGUUGAUUAUGAUGGAAGGACUGCACUUCAUGUGGCUGCCUCAGAGGGGCGUCUAGAGGUCAUCAAGUUUCUGAUGGAGAGCACUGGAGCCAACUGCACACUCAAGGACAGAUGGGGAAAUACGGCCUUGCAGGAAGCUAUAAGAUGCAAUCAGGGACCUGUUGUGCAGCUCUUCACAAAGUACACAGACUACAAGGAAAUGUUAUGAGAGUGUACCAACCCAAGCCAUUCAAUUUACACUCUGCAGUGGCAUAUAUACAGUACUACUUUUUGUAUUCCCUUAUUUGGGUGUUAAAUGGCUGGCACCAUAAGAUUUUGAUUUAGACCUUUUAUUUAGAAUGUAAAUAAAACAUUUGGAUCAGUUAACAUAACUAAUUUAUCAUACAUUGGUGUAUCUGAACAAAAAAUGCAUCUGUAGUAACAGGGCACUAAGAAAUCUACACAUGGUUUUGUACAUGGAGUGUACAAGUGCAGAAUUGUUGUACAGCAAAGUGUGUUCAUGAAUUCUUUUAACUAAAUAUUUUUUAGUCAGCAAGACAUCUAUGAGAGACAAACAUUGUCUAAUUACAAAUGCUGUAUUAUGUCUAAUAUAUCUCAUUGUUACAGGGCUCAAUAAUAAAAGCAA